AUGAUCCUUCCAGCGGAGAUGGAGAGGGAUGUUGGUGCAUGUCAAGUAGAACGCCCACGCCUUCAGGCGUUCGUUUCCACUGAGGAGCGUCUCGUCACUGGAAACUCUCACCAUUCCUUGCAGCUCUCACCAUUCCUUGCUGCUCUCACCAUUCCUUGCAGCUCUCACCAUUCCUUGCAGCUCUCACCAUUCCUUGCUGCUCUCACCAUUCCUUGCAGCUCUCACCAUACCUUGCAGCUCUCACCAUUCCUUGCAGCUCUUACCAACCCUUGCAGCUCCUACCAUUCCUUGCAGCUCUCAACAUUCCCUGCAGCUCUCACCAUUCCUAUCCCUGCCACUCACCCUCCCAUUCCAGCCACUCACCAUGCUUUCCCUGCCACUCACCAUCAUUUUCAGCCACUCACCAUCCCUUUCCUGCCACUCACCCUCCGUUUCCAGCCACUCUCCAUCCUAUCCCUGCCACUCACCAUCCGUUUUCAGCCACUCACCAUGCUUUCCCAGCCACUCACCUUCACUUUCCAGCCACUCACCAUCACUUUCCGGCCACUCACCAUCACUUUGGUGCCACUCACCAUCACUUUCCAGGCUCUCACCAUCUGCUGUCUUUAG